AUGCAGUCUAAAUUAAAUCCAAAGACAACUGAAUUUGAAUUUGGUGGCACCAUCGGUGCAAUUGGUAUAUCAGUUGGUUUACCAAUUUUAACCAUCCUAUUAAAUCAAAUGAUAAGACCUGACUAUUUUAUUGAAGGUUUCUUCACUAAUUUCAAUUUUGCUGAUGUCUGGAAUGGUAUUAAACCAAUCAGCUAUUAUUUAACCAAGGCUGAUCUAUGGACUUACUAUCUUAUUUGGUACAUUGUUCUAGCAGUUUUCGAUAUAAUUUUACCAGGCAGAAAAAUGCAGGGUGUUGAAUUAAGAGAUGGCACAAAAUUAAACUAUAAAAUUAAUGGUGUUGCUGUAUCGGCAGCUUUAAUUUUAGUAUUAGCUUUCAGGUAUCAGUUAACUGAUGGUGACUUGCCAGAAUUACAAUAUUUAUAUGAAAAUCAAGUUGAUUUAUGUAUAAUUACAAUUUUAUUCUCUGUUAUGUUAUCUACUUAUUGUUAUGUUGCAAGUUUUAUUCCAUUAUGGGGCAAAAACGGUAACAAUACCAAUGAAAAGAUUUUGGCACUGGGGGGCAAUUCUGGUAAUCCAAUAUAUGAUUGGUUUAUUGGUAGAGAGUUGAAUCCAAGAAUUGGCCCAAUUGAUUUAAAGAUGUACUCCGAAUUAAGACCAGGUAUGUUACUAUGGUUUUUAAUUAACUUAUCCUGUUUACAUCAUAACUAUUUGGAAACUGCUAAAAUAAACGAUGCAUUAGUUUUGAUAAACUGUCUACAAGGUUUUUAUAUUUUUGAUGGUGUAUUAAACGAAGAAGGUGUAUUGACCAUGAUGGAUAUUACUACCGACGGUUUUGGCUUCAUGUUAGCUUUUGGUGAUUUAACAUUAGUUCCUUUCACUUAUUCCUUACAAGCCAGAUAUCUAAGUGUAUCUCCAAUAGAAUUGGGUACUUACAGAGUAUCAUUCAUUGUUACAGUUAUGGCAUUAGGAUUCUGGGUGUUCCGUGCUGCUAACCAACAGAAAUCAGACUUUAGACAAGGUAAAUUAGCUCAUUUAAAGAGCAUUCAAACGAAACGUGGUACCAAGCUAUUGUGUGAUGGUUGGUGGGGCAAGUCUCAACAUAUGAAUUAUUUCGGGGAUUGGAUCAUCUCUUUAAGUUGGUGUUUAACUACAUGGACCCAAACUCCACUAACUUACUACUACUCAGCUUAUUUCAUGUCUUUGUUAUUACAUCGUCAACAAAGAGAUGAGCAAAAAUGUAGGGGAAAAUAUGGUAAGGAUUGGGAAGAAUAUGAAAAGAAGGUUCCUUAUAAGAUCGUUCCUUACGUUUAUUAA